AAGCGACGUCGCGCCGUGAGCGGGCCGAGCCGCCUCUCCGUCGUCGCGAUUGGUCGUCGCGUUGGGGGACGGGCUUUCUGUCUCCUGGGCUCCGCGGCUGUUGCCACGCGCCCCUGGGAGCCGUGCAAGAGGCCCGCGUCUUCGGUGUGCGGAGUCGGAGGAGACCGUGCAGAGCCGACCUGGAUCUGGGCGGACUCUGGCUCUGGAGAGGGAGAGAAAAGGAAAAGGAAAAGAAACUUCCAGGACUUGAGGGCGCCCGGGUCCUCCGGAGGAAGACGGAGCCCUAACUAGGACUCUGGGAGCUGGCGUUGUCUCCGCUUCGGCUCGCCCGACCCCGUCGCUUCCCCCAUGGACGAGGAGGACGCAGCCGCCGCCGCCGCCGCCCGGACCCCUGAGAAGGCGGGACGCCCGGAGUCCGGGCUCGCAGGGGACCCUGAUGGUGGGGGAGCCUCUGCCGAGGACGCGGCCGAGCGCCCCCAGGCCUCCGAUCUCUGGUACUGCCCGGACGGGAGCUUCGUGAAGAGGAUCGUGGUCCGCGGCUGGGGCAUGGACAAACCCAAACUGGGGUCCCAGUGCCGAGUGGUGGCCUCGGGGUUCCCUUUCGGGUCGGGGAUGCCGGAGGGCCUCACGGAGCUGACGGUGGGCCUGGGGCAGUGGAGGGAGAAGCCUUGGGGGGAGCUGGCGGAGAAGUGCCUGGAGUCCAUGCGUCAGGGCGAGGAGGCGGAGAUCCAGCUCCCGGGGGCGUCGGCGCCGCUCGCCAGGCUCCGGCUGGAGGCCUUCACCCAGGGUCGGGACUCGUGGGAGCUGGGGGCUACGGAGAAGGAGGCCCUGGCCCAGGGGGAGCGUGCGAGGGGCACGGAGCUGUUCCGAGCCGGGGACCCCCGCGGCGCCGCCCGCUGCUACGGGCGGGCUCUGCGGCUGCUGCUGACCCUGCCCCCGCCGGGGUCCCCCGAGCGCACCGUGCUCUACGCCAACCUGGCCGCCUGCCAGCUGCUGCUGGGGCAGCCGAGGCUGGCGGCCCAGAGCUGCGACCGCGCGCUGGAGCGCGAGCCGGGCCACCUGAAGGCCCUGUACCGGCGAGGGGUGGCGCAGGCCGCCCUCGGGAACCUGGAGGGGGCCGCCGCCGACCUCAGGAGGGUGCUGGCGGCGGAUCCCCAAAACCGCGCCGCCCAGGAGGAGCUGGGGAAGGUGGUCGCCCAGGGCCGGAGGCAGGACGCGGGGCUGGCGCGGGGUCUGCGCAAGAUGUUCAGUUGAUUUUUGUUAUUAUUAUUAAAGGAGCCAAGCUUUCAAAAGA